UUUGGCUGAUCUUCCAGGAUGUGAGUGCUAGACUGGUUAUUUCACUGGCGAGCAUUUACUCCUAUUUAAGCUCGCAUCACGGAUGACUGGCGAACAACGGAUCGCUGCUGCCUUCUGAAAAUCUUGGCAUCUUCAUCACCAUCACUAUCAGCAUCAUCACCGACACCGACAAACAUUACACGACAGCAACUCCGGUGCGUUUAGAACGUUCGGGCGUUUGUUUACAUUCCACCUUCGGAGAAUCCGUUUACAUUGCUCUCUCUUGGAAUGCCUAUGUGACGUCAUGGAGGUAGACGUUCUGUUUGGAGUUUUAAAAUGAACACCUGUUAUGUUUCAAACGGCAUGCACGUUGCGCAAAAAGACGAAGAGAGGCGACGUUUUAAAUUCAUGCGGACAUACUGAAGCCUUCUAAUCUCCGGCAGCGCAACUAAAGCCGUUUAGGGAUCCAUUUAGUGAUAAGCCCGACUGCUGCUGUCUGUCUGCAUCAACAGAGAACAUGGAUGGUGAGGAAUUUGCAAUGACGAGAGCGAUGAUGAUGAUGAUGAUGAUGAGUGCACUCGUGUGACUGCUCUGCUCCCGUGGAAACUAAAAGACACUAUCAUCCAGCGCGUUUUGUGGAUUUUCGGUGAAAAACUUAACCGUAUCUCCGCGCAAACAUGGGCAAAGACGAAUGCAAGACCAUGUUGGACGCGCUCAACAAAGUCACAGCUUGCUUCAGGCAUCUGGUCAUCGCUUUGGGGAGCACAUCUGAUUCCCAAAACCUCCGAGAGGAACUUAAAAAGACCCGAAAGAAAGCCCAGGAGCUGGCCGUGGCCAACAGGACUAAACUCACGGCUCUUCUGAAGGACAAAAACAUCAGCAAAGAUGAUCGAGCUGAAUACGAGCGCCUCUGGGUGCUAUUUACCAGCAGCAUGGAGCUCCUGGAUGUGGACAUGAAGCGGUCCUUGGAGAUCGGGCAGGAUUUUCCUCUCAAAGUGCCGACGAGACACCUCAUCCAGACGGGAAUGACAGGCAGCACCACCACCGUCUCGGCUCGAGCCAUGAGCGUCCAAAACAUGAAGUACGAAGCCGACGCGAACAUCGACACGGUGGACCUCAAAGAGCUGGAGACCGAGAUCGCUCAGGUGGACCAGAUGAUGGAGGAGAUGGAGAUGAAGGUCCAGGUGGCGCCGUGGGCAGUCGAGGCGAAGCAAGAGGCAGGAGCCGAGUUGAAAUCCACCGUCAGCGUUGGGAAUUCAUCGGUUGGUGUCAUUUCGAUCUGCGAGGAGGAACCCAAAGAAACGGUGGAAGGAGAAACUGGGUUGAUGAAAGUAUUUGCAGGGAUCAUUUUCACCGCGGUUUUGCUCAUAGCUGGAAUUCUGGGGUACCUGGUGAUUAAUCUAUAAUGGAUGAAGAUAGUCUAUCUGAAUGACAGUGGCUCAGGGCUUUAGAUUUUCUUAUGGAUGAAGCAACACGUUGCUACGGUUGGCCUGUGAAAUUGUGGAGGUAAUUUAUGAUGCUCUUGGUGUGGAGAUAAGCAGAUCACCUCGAUGGGUAUUAGUAAAAUGCAUCAGUGUUUAAAGGGAAUAGCCAAAAGGAAUAAAAACUCUUCUGGUGGUCCAUCAUGACUGGUUCCUCAACCCAUGAAUGU